AUGCCGAAUCAGUUGGGUAUUUCGUCAAUGUCCCUUGGACGUGCCUGGGCUGGACAUGAAAUGGAAGAAAAGCUCUCACAAGCUUCAGCACAUGGAUUCCAGGGUAUUGAGAUCUUUUUUGAAGAUCUAGAAAGUCUUGCCGAUUCCAUUUCCCAAGAUGAAACCACUUUUCAACACAAACUCUCAGCCGCAAAAAUGAUCCGAGAUCUUUGCGACAAGUACAAUAUGACCAUCAUCUGUCUUCAACCAUUCCUUUUCUACGAGGGAUUGAAAGAUCGAGUCGAGCAUGACCGACGCAUAGAAAAGCUCAAGGGUUGGUUUGAGCUCGUGAAGAUCCUUCGGACCGACCUUAUCCAAAUACCCGCAAAUUUCCUGCCAGCCGAAUUGAUCACCUCGGAUAUCGAAAUUAUCGCGCAGGAUAUGAGGCAGCUGGCGGAUAUGGGGCUACAGCAAUCACCGCAUUUCCGGUUUGUCUAUGAAAAUCUAGCCUGGGGCACUUACGUCGACACAUGGGAGGCAAUGUGGGAUGUUGUCGAGAGAGUAGACCGGCCCAACUUUGGCUGUUGCUUGGAUACAUUCAACAUCGCUGGUCGUAUCUGGGCCGAUCCAGCCUCUCUUGACGGUAUGAAUCCUAGUGCUGAUGCAGUUUUGAAAGCCUCUAUGAACCGCCUGGUGGAAAGAGUGGAUGUACGAAAAGUAUUUUAUGUCCAGGUUGUUGAUGCUGAGCGUCUCAGUCGACCUUUGGUCGAAGGACAUGAGUAUUAUGUACCUGAGCAACCUGCGAGAAUGUCAUGGAGCCGUAAUUGCCGACUGUUUGCUCUGGAAGAAGAGAGGGGUGGUUAUUUACCAGUUGUCGAGAUUGCUCGUGUUAUGUUCGAUAAACUGGGAUAUGAGGGCUGGGUGUCACUCGAGUUAUUUUCUAGGACAAUGGCAGAUUCGAGUCCGGGUACACCAAAGGAACAUGCCAAGAGGGGAAGCGAGUCUUGGAAAAAGCUACAAGGUGUACUUGACAUCUACUUAGAAUAG